GGAUGACGCAAGUCGACAAUGUGGGGCUGCACGUCGGGUCGGUGGUGCAUUGGGCAAAGAGCAAAUCUUGCAGAUCCCGCCGGAAUUAUCGAUAACGCAGAUGCCGAGAUCGCCACCGAUGCCGCUGCAUGUACUGUAUUAAUCAUUUUAACAGACCAAAUGUAGCUACGAAAUAAUAAAUAAUAUCAAGACGACCAAUCUGUCAGCCGUGGGGGGCCGUUUCCAUCGUCGCUGCUGUACGCUUCAAUCAGCCAUACCGAUCAGAUUAAUUCAGUACUACGGUAUUUCCCAGGUACCAAAGAUGCACACUCGGCAUGCAGAUAGACAGGUACAACAAACGAGAUGGAUGAGAAACAAAGUGUCUAUCAGUCUUCAUCAGAUCGAGAGAAGAAAAAACGAUGCUUCGGGCUGCCAGAUCUUGACUCAACUAGGAACAUACUGGUUGACCCUUAAGACCCCAUACCGUAUGCAUCAAGAUGCGGGGUUUAAACGUUCGUCUUGAAACUGGGGCAACUGCAUUCACUUGAUGGCUUCAUUUGAGAGAGUUCAACUAAGCCACUCAGCGCGACGCGGCGAAAAGCUAUUCUCAACCCCAACCCCACCAGUUCCAACAAUAGAAGCCUUGUGUUUUCCAGACAUCGACUAUCUCAAGCCACUUACCUUUCUACCGGAUGCAUAUACGUGGGUAGCUCAUCCGAGGUGGGCAAAUGAACUUUCUAAAACUGUUCUAGGUCGGUAGGUAUGCAAGAACCGACGCUGAGAUUCGUACCUAGUUGGACGUCGAAAUGAGCCACCAUUCCCAGAAAGCGAUCCGACUGCCUCUUGCGCGUGCUGUUAUCAAUUUCAUCAUGGGAUCACCGGGCGGGAAGCCUAGACCACAUUCCUGGUUGGGCCAGAAGUUGAUCAUUCAAAGGAGUAUCAAGUUCGUCAACCACUAAGGAACCACUUAGGCAGGCUAUACCCUCGAGCAGACUGGCAAGUUAUUGAAAUAUCACAGCACGGCCAUUUAUAUAUUCCUCCCAAGAGCUGGAAUUACGUGGACUCGUUAUGGAUCUCGUCUGCUGUGUGAGAUCACAAAAAUGCCGUCAUACCUGGAAAGCCAGAUCUCGGCAUUUGAUUCUGGUCCUGUAGAUGCGGAUGUUCCAGCCUGCAUUGUCCUAACUGGUUGGUACGGAAAUUGCCAGCGCCGCACAGUCUAGUACCGUGGCUUUAACAGCACCAAUGUGGUGGAGGCCAGGGCCCGGUUCGACCAGCAGCGCGGUACAAGUCGGCCUUCUCGAAGAAAUUCAUGAAUACUGAGAUCCAUGGCCAUAAUAUAGUCGGGUGUGCCGGCGUACAGCUCGACGACAACAUCUAUAAACCUGAUCCCAAUUACUCCCGAGAACAGCAGCUUGAUAUAUGCCGUGUACGCACGAACCAGUGGGAAUGAUACGAGACCACUGUGAUUCGUUCCCUGUGCCGUGAAAGAAUGCCGACCCAUGGGAAACGGGGAAAAACUUCGCCUCCUUCCCCCGCAGCACACGAGCUUCCAAGAAACCGCCUCGACCGCCCUCUUACUCGUGGUCAAGUUCCCUGCGCCCAUGGCACCCUGCCCGCAAAUCUUGGUCCGUCCGGCAGACCCCUGAUGCUCCCCCUCAUCGCCCAACGCAAACCUGCGACUGGCACUCAAUCGCGCCAUUUGAACGCCCACUUUGCCGACGUCCAGUACUCACAGUGUAUCAGAAACCCGGGUUGAGGCUAACAAACAGCCCUCCUUCCUGCUGAGGUCCGAGACUGCACUGGGUCAACGCCUAUUGGAGGGGUGUGACCAUUCACUGCUGCUGGAUGGCGCAAAUCCUCUGACGGGUGAGGAGAUUGGGUUGGUUGCGACGCGAGGGGUGACCUUGUAUAUCGGUGAGAAUGACCAUUGGAGCAGGGAACAAAGUGCAUCAGAAAUUUCAGACGCCCAUAAAUAUCUCCCC